AUGGUUCUGUUCCUGUUGUUUCUGCAGUUCAGUUUGAGUUUCUACGUUGCUGUUGCUGUGUACAAAACAAUCGACGAUUCAGUCCUGUACAGGAUCGACUGGAGGUUUAAGUCAGCGACGCCGAAGCAUCUUCUUGAGGUGCCAGAUGACUGGCUUUCCAAUCAGCCCUAUGUGCAUAUCACAAGUGGCAACGAUGAGAAAUAUCUAUGUACAAUGCCCACCAUGCCCAGUCAGACGAGAAAGAAGGUUGAGUCAUAUUCGGGCCCGUCGCCGGCGGAGCUCAUCCAGUCGCUCUACGACAAUCGAGUAUGCUCCUACUGGUUGGACGUUUAUUGGACAUACGAGCUGUGCCACGGCCGAUACAUCCUGCAGUAUCACGAUGAUCGAGAAAUAAUACGAAAAGCGAGAAGUGAAUAUUAUCUUGGCAAUUAUCAACGUGAACAGUCAAAAUUGGACGAUAAGAAUUUUGAUGAACUGAAUCCACCGAAACGCAAAAUCGACAACAAAGAGCAGCCGUAUUAUCCAGUUAAUUACAGGCAAGGAACGGUCUGUGAUCUAACUGGCAAACCACGGAAGACCACUGUGUUAUAUGGAUGCAACCAGGAUGCCAAGGAUCAGAUCUAUUCGUUUACCGAGACAGCCUCAUGCACCUAUGAAAUGAUUGUAUUGACGAAACGGUUGUGCUCACAUCCGUCGUUUCAGCCGCUGCCAGAUACUGACAAUGAAAUUGUUUGUUAUUCGAAAGACACUCACAAGGAAUAUGCGAAGCCGGAGCGGCUUGUUCAGCUCGAGAAGGAAAGCGAAACUGCUUUUGAGCGAGAGUAUAUGUCCGCCUUCCCACCUGUACAGCAUCCAGCAAAUGCUGAUCCCGCCGAAGAGGACGAUGACGACGAAGACGAUGAGGACGAUGAUCUCGACGUAAGAGUUAUUCUAUCAAAGAAAUCUUCGUCACCAAAAUCUUCCGUGCAAAAGACAACAACCCCAGAAAAGCCAGCUAUUGAUAGAGAUACGCUACUUGAAGAAAACAGAUAUCUGUUAAGUGGAAGACACUGUUUGUACGGCGGUGGUACCGGCUGGUGGAAAUACGAAUUUUGCUAUGGGAAAAGUGUAAUACAAUUUCAUGAAGAUCCGGAAGAAGGACGCACAGAAAUCCUUCUAGGCCUUUUUAACGAAGAAAUACAUAAACACUGGAUUAACGAUAAUCCUCAGAAAAGGCCGCUUAAGAUUGAUGGCCGAAUUAUCCAGGUUUCGCAUUUAUAUUCAGGCGGUAGCCAUUGCAAGGAGGCCGACACCCACAGGAGUGUGGAAGUGCGUAUUCGUUGUCGAACAUCUGAAGGGAGUCAAACUGCGGUGACAGUCUAUUUGCUGGAGCCGCACACUUGCCAGUACGUGCUGGGUGUCGAAUCGCCCAGGUUUUGUGACUUACUCCAAACUGCUGACGAGUAUGGACUAAUUCAUUUGCCCGAGAGGAAAAGCAAAUGA